GAAGUUGGAGACACCCGCGGGCGCUCUUGGGCCUCGAUCCUCUCAGCCGACGCUGCCGGGGUGGCCCGACUGCUCGGCGACGCCUUCGACGUCGCGGCGAGGGGUUCCUGGCGGCCGGGAGGCGCCUUCGACGUCGCGCCCGGGAACGCCGCCGGCUUGGGGCGCGCCUUGCAGGGCACUGGCGCCUCGAUGCCAGACUGCGGGCGCGCCACGUGGGGCACUGGCGCCUCCGCGCCAGACUGCGGGCGCGCCUUGCGGGGCGUCGUCGUCUCGGAGGCGAUCGGCGUCGUCGCCUCCGCGCGGGCGCGCGGAGGCGCCGCUUGGCAAGGAGGGAGCAGCCAGGCGCCCCCGUCGCGGCCUUCCGCCGCAGGCGCGCUCCUCGACGAGGCGGGGGGCGGCGGCAGCCACCAGCCGCGCCGGUCCAACGGCGCGUGCCAGGCCUUGCCGUCGUGCGCCGCCGCAGGCGUUGCGCCCACUGAGGGCGCGGCACGCGUCGGCGCAGGAGCAGACGGUUGCCCCUUCGGCACGAGGGGCGCGGAUUAG